UUAAUCAUGAAGGCAAAAUAUUCUUUCUUGAUGCCCCUGGGGGUACAGGAAAAACCUUUCUUAUUAAUUUACUGCUGGCAAAAAUUCGAUCUUCAGGGGAAAUCGCAUUAGCUGUUGCAUCCUCAGGCAUAGCAGCAACUCUUCUCGACGGCGGAAGAACUGCUCAUUCAAUGUUUAAGAUUCCACUUAAUGUAACUGAGGAAAUAAGUAGUAUAUGCAACAUUCCUAAACAAAGCAGUACGGCUAAGCUGAUGCAAGAGUGUUCGCUUAUAGUUUGGGAUGAAGCUACAAUGGCCCACAAGUCAGGAGUGGAUGCUUUAGACAAAACAUUGCAAGACUUACGCAACAAAUUUUCGCCUAUGGGAGGAUGCACAGUACUAUUUUCUGGCGAUUUUCGUCAAAUUUUGCCCGUGGUUUCUAGGGGAACAAGGGCAGAUGAAGUAAAAGCGUGCUUGAAAAGAUCGCAGUUGUGGCAACAUAUGUAUAAAGUCCUGUUACAAAAAAACAUGAGAUUGACCUCCGGUCUGGCAAAUGAACUUUUUGCUAAAGCACUUCUCAAAAUUGGUAUUGGAAAAAUGACAGACAAUAACUCUAAUGUAGACAUAAAUGAAAGCCUGUGUGUACCUGUGAAAAGCCUUGAAGAACUUCUAGAAAAGGUUUAUCCAGAUAUUUCAAAUCUAAGGGGAAUGACUUUGGAUUGGUUUAAGGAGAGGGCUAUUUUAACACCAACAAAUGAUGAAUGUAAUGUAAUAAAUAACAUGGUUCAAUAUAAAUUUGACGCUCCUAAUAAGACUUACUAUUCGGUAGAUACAGUUCUCGAUCAAGAGCAAGUAGUUCAUUUUCCGACCGAAUUUCUUAAUUCAUUAAAUCCUUCUGGCGCACCUCCACACAAACUUAAUCUUAAACUAGGCUCACCAGUUAUUUUGUUAAGAAACCUAAAUCCCCCAAAACUUUGUAACGGCACCCGCUUGAUCAUAGUAUCUUUUAAAAAUUAUUUAAUAGAGUGUAAGAUUAUAACUGGAUGUGGAACUGGGGAAAUAGUAUUAAUACCCAGAAUACCUAUUAUUCCGACAGACUUGCCUUUUCAAUUCAGACGGCUCCAAUUUCCUUUAAAACUGUGUUUCGCUAUGACAAUCAACAAAUCUCAAGGCCAAACGUUUGAAGUCGCUGGAGUGGACUUAAGUGUCAACUGUUUCUCUCAUGGUCAGCUUUACGUUGCUUUGUCGCGAGUUACUAAUAAAAAUAAUCUUUUUAUUUUUGCU